GCUUUAACAAGAGUUACGUCAUGCGGGUCGGGUUUCGCACCGUGCGCUGCGUGCUGACGUCAGGAGAAGCUGCCAGCAUGGCAUUCUCUCUCUGUUCUCUGCUGCAGAGUCUGAUUUUGUGCAUAAAUGCUGUCGCUGUUCUGCACGAGGAGAGAUUUCUCAGCAAGAUUGGCUGGGGUGUUGAUCAGGGAGUCGGAGGUUUUGGAGACGACCCUGGAAUCAAAGCUCAGGUCCUGAACCUGAUCCGCUCAGUCCGGACCGUCAUGAGAGUGCCGUUGAUCGCGGUGAAUUCGGUGUGCAUUGUCCUGCUGCUGCUGUUCGGGUGACAGUGAAGCUGGACAUCAACCACGCAACCACAGCGGCGUUCAUCAGGUCACAACUCCACUGAGAACCAACAGCCCGCCCACAUUGUGAUGUCAUCAAAGGAGCAGUUUCUCAUAAAAAAGCCAAAAUUCCAGAUUAGCUUCCAAACCGGACUGUGGACACUCGGUCAUGUGACCUAAUCGAAAGUUUGCACUUCCGAUUAUUAUAAAUUGUUAUGCUUUUCACAUGAAUGUUGUAAAAUCUUCCUUUUUAUUAUUUGUGCUUAAAUAAUUGAACUAAGUUGAUAAUUAAUGUUUAAAUUCAGAAAAGCACAAAUAAACAAAAUCAGGUCUGUUUGUAAUCAACAGGAAGUGAAAGUGUUUUGAUGGAUGUGCACGUGCACGUUGUUAUGUGAAAAUGUACCAAAUGUUAAUUUCUACAUUCCAUUACGUAACGUGUAACACAAAGGGCUCGUGCACAAUUUCAAGCAGAUUUUCUCUUUAAUUAAACUGUAAAACGUAACUGCAACAUUGGAGUUUGGUAGUGAUUUAA